AUGCUCUCUUCCCGUCUCUCUCGCGCGCUCCCGCGUACUCCCUCCCUUGCCCGCGCUUCUGCAAUCAGAGCCCCCGGUGCAUCAUUCCGGAGAUGGAAUUCUACAGAGGGUGGUGAAGAGAAGGUCAAAGGCUCAGUCAUUGGUAUUGAUUUGGGUACAACCAACUCUGCUGUCGCUGUGAUGGAGGGCAAGACCCCUAAGAUCAUUGAGAACUCAGAAGGUGCUCGCACAACUCCUUCCGUCGUUGCUUUCGCCCAGGAUGGUGAACGUUUGGUCGGUAUCGCCGCUAAGCGUCAAGCCGUCGUGAACCCCGAAAACACCCUCUUUGCCACUAAGCGUCUCAUCGGACGUAAGUUCACAGAUGCGGAGGUGCAGCGCGAUAUUAAGGAAGUCCCCUACAAGAUUGUCCAGCACACCAACGGUGACGCUUGGGUUGAGGCUCGUGGCCAGAAGUACUCUCCUUCUCAGAUCGGUGGUUUCGUCCUCCAGAAGAUGAAGGAAACUGCCGAGGCUUACCUCAGCAAGCCUGUCAAGAACGGUGUCGUCACUGUUCCUGCUUACUUCAACGACUCUCAGCGUCAGGCCACCAAGGAUGCUGGUCAGAUUGCCGGCUUGAACGUCUUGCGUGUUGUUAACGAGCCCACUGCUGCUGCUCUUGCCUACGGUUUGGAGAAGGAGAGUGACCGCGUUAUUGCUGUCUACGAUCUCGGUGGUGGUACCUUCGAUAUCUCUGUCCUCGAGAUCCAGAAGGGUGUCUUUGAGGUCAAGUCCACCAACGGUGACACCCACUUGGGUGGUGAGGACUUCGAUAUCUCCCUCGUCCGUUACAUUGUCCAGCAAUUCAAGAAGGAGUCUGGUCUUGACCUUACCGGUGACCGUAUGGCCAUCCAGCGUAUCCGUGAAGCCGCUGAGAAGGCCAAGAUUGAGUUGUCCUCUUCCCUCCAGACUGAGAUCAACCUUCCUUUCAUUACCGCCGAUGCUUCCGGUGCUAAGCACAUUAACCUCAAGAUGACCCGUUCUCAACUUGAGGGCCUCGUCGACCCCUUGAUCAACCGCACAUACGAGCCCGUCAAGAAGGCCUUGAAGGAUGCCAACUUGCAGUCCAAGGACAUCAACGACGUUAUUCUCGUCGGUGGUAUGACCCGCAUGCCCAAGGUUACCGAAUCCGUGAAGAGCAUUUUCGGCCGUGAACCUGCCAAGUCUGUUAACCCCGAUGAGGCUGUUGCUAUUGGUGCUGCCAUCCAGGGUGCUGUUCUUGCUGGUGAAGUCACUGACGUUCUCUUGCUCGAUGUUACUCCCUUGUCUCUCGGUAUCGAGACCCUCGGUGGUGUCUUCACUCGUUUGAUCAACCGCAACACCACCAUCCCUACCAAGAAGUCCCAGACCUUCUCUACUGCCGCUGACUUCCAGACUGCCGUCGAGAUCAAGGUCUACCAGGGCGAGCGUGAACUCGUCCGUGACAACAAGUUGCUCGGAAACUUCCAGCUCGUUGGCAUUCCUCCUGCUCACCGUGGUGUUCCUCAAAUCGAGGUCACCUUCGACAUCGAUGCCGACUCCAUCGUCCACGUCCACGCCAAGGAUAAGUCCACCAACAAGGACCAGUCCAUCACCAUUGCCUCUGGCUCCGGUCUCAGUGACGCUGAGAUCCAGAACAUGGUUGAGGAUGCUGAGAAGUACGGUGCUCAGGACAAGGAGCGCAAGGCUGCCAUCGAGGCCGCUAACCGCGCCGACUCUGUCUUGAACGACACUGACAAGGCCCUCAAGGAGUUUGAGGACCGUCUUGACAAGGCUGAGGCUGACCAGAUCCGUGAGAAGAUUGCCAGCCUCCGUGAGUUCGUCGCCAAGACCCAGUCUGGCGAGGAGACCGCCACUGCCGAGGAUCUCAAGCAGAAGACCGAUGAGCUCCAGACUGCCAGCUUGACCUUGUUCGACAAGAUGCACAAGGCUCGCCAGGAGGAGUCCAACAACCAGCAGCAACAGUCUGGUGAGCAAGGUGGCGAGAACAAGCAAUAA